CCAAGAUUCACUGAAGCCAGCGCCUAUAGCACCCAAAUUCAAAAACGCAGAGAGAGGUCUCUCUCCUCCUCUGUGUCACCAAGUUGAUUAGAGAAAUCAAAUCACUGCCAUUUUCAAUCUCUUCUUUCUCUCUUAAGAAAAAGAAGAUUAAUGGCCACUAACUCACUUCACAACGAUCUCUUCUCCUCUUUAAUUUCAGAUAUCAAAUCCUACUCUGGCAAAGACCCUCUUUUCCCCUGGCUCCGGGGCAUCAAGAAAAUGAAAGACACUCUGCCUUCAAAUAUUUUGAGGGAAAAGCUGCCUCGGUUUUUGCAGAAAUGCACACAGACAUUUGAGUCCGAUUGUCGCUAUAAAAACGACGUACGGUAUCUUCGUGUUUGGUUACAGCUGAUGGAUUAUGUGGAUGAACCAAGAGCGUUAUUGAGAACCAUGGAAAUGAAUUCCAUAGGGUCAAAACGAUCAUUGUUCUACCAAGCAUAUGCUCUUUAUUAUGAGAAGAUGAAGAAAUUUGAGGAAGCUGAGAAAAUGUACCUUUUAGGGGUGCAAAACCUUGCAGAGCCGAUUGAUGAAUUACAGAAAUCAUAUGAGCAAUUCCUUCAUCGCAUGGAAAGACACAAGAACAAGAAGGUCAAGGAAAGUAGUAGAACCGGGAGAAGACCUCUGUCAGCCAGGAAGAUUGAAGAGAACAACGAAAAUGCAUACAACUUUGAGCAUAAGCCUAAAAAGAUAUUGAAUGAAUCUAAGAAUGUGGGAAUUUUGGGAAAUUCAUCUAAUAUUAGAUUAGUUGAUGAUGCAUCGGUGAAGGACCAUGACCAGAAAAUUAGAAAAAGAGAUGUAUCUGAGCAGCAAAUGAUUACUGGAAAAGAAUCAGACAAAACCGGGACGUUUCAUGGUGAUGAUACAGUUUUUGUGGUAAAGUUUGUUGACACUGCCAUAGUUGGAAAAUCUGAAGCAGAAGAUGCCUGCCAUCAUGGAUUAGUGGACCCAACUAUAAAUAUGAAGGAAGCCAUGAAUGCUAUUAACAACAUGUUUAAAGAACCUAUAGAGACUGCUCCAAUUAAUAGAAGAUCCCAAAGAAGUCAAGUGAAAGAAAACAAUUCGAACAAUGUACUCAAUGUCUUUGUUGAUGAAAGCUUCGAUGAUGAAAUCAAAUCAUCGUAUCAAAAAGAAGAAAAGGAUGUUUCAAUGAUGCAGCAAAAACCACUUCAAAUAUUCAUGGAUGACAAAGAAAGUGGUGAGAAUGAAGAAAGAACCGAUGAGAAUGACAAUUCUGGCUCUUGCUCAUCUGCUCAGCAUUUUAAUGCUUUUGUGUUUCCAUGUCCUAAGGAUCUACCAGAUGAUAUUGACACAGAGAGCUUGCCCCAAGUAAAACUUCGAGAAGAUACAGUUGUGCAUAGGUUUGUGGGAUCUACCAUCUUAGAUGAGCCAGCAGUGGAAAAUGUUUGCCAUCAUGGGUUAGUAGACCCUACAAUUAACUUGAAGGAGGCUAUGGAUGAUAUAAAUAACAUGUUUGGGAAACCAAUGGAUUUUGUAAGGAGAAAACGACCCAAGAAGCAGGAGAAAGCAUCAGUUACAAAACAAGAACAAGAUUUUGUUGGGUUCUCAAUACUUCCUGAUGAUGAUUUGGAAACUCAAAAGGUCCAGCCUCCAGCUCCAGCAAAGUCAUCUAGUUUAAGUGAUACAGACUUGUUUGAGCCCACUAUGUUUACGAAAGAAGCAAUGGAUGAUAUAAAUAAGAUGUUUGGAAUGUCAUUAGACUUUUAGGAACAAGUGUUAUUUGUAUUGCAUGAAAUUUCUGUUUGAAGCAAACGUAGAAUUGAUGUGUUAUGGUCCAAGUCAUGCUCAAGCCUUGUAUCUUCAUGUUUUGUCAAGUACAGCCUACUAAGAAUCAAGUGUUUUUGAAAUAACAAAUUGCUUAUAAUUCAUUUA